CAAAAGUGGUGCAGCCGCUGCUCCGGCCAGCAUCCUAGGCCCGCCCGCAGCCAGCUGUCGCCGACAUGGAACCCGUGGCCAGCAACAUCCAGGUCUUGCUGCAGGCGGCGGAGUUCCUGGAGCGCCGCGAGAGAGAGGCAGAGCAUGGCUAUGCGUCCCUGUGCCCACACCGAAGUCCGGGCCCAGUCCACAGGAGGAGGAAGCGGUCUCCCCAAGCUCCUGGCGCGCUGGACAGUGGGCGGUCUGUGCACAACGAGCUGGAGAAGCGCAGGAGGGCCCAGCUGAAGCGGUGCCUGGAGCAGCUGAAGCAGCAGAUGCCCCUGGGGGCUGACUGUGCCCGAUACACCACACUGAGCCUUCUGCGCAGGGCCAGGAUGCACAUCCAGAAGCUGGAGGAGCAGGAGCAGCGGGCCCGGCGGCUCAAGGAGAAGCUGCGCAGCAAGCAGCAGAGCCUGCGGCAGCAGCUGGAGCAGCUCCGGGGGCUGGCCGGGGCGGGCGAGCGCGAGCGGCUGCGAGCAGACAGCCUGGACUCCUCAGGCCUCUCCUCUGAGCGCUCCGACUCAGACCAAGAGGAGCUGGAGGUGGACGUGGAGAGCCUGGUGUUCGGGGGCGAGGCUGAGCUGCUGCGGGGCUUCAGCGCGGGCCAGGAGCACAGCUACUCACACAGCAGCAGCACCUGGCUAUGACCCUCACCUCCUGGAGCGACCUCUGCCCUCAGCCCACCCUCUGCUCUGCCAGGCUGGAGCCCUCACCAAGCCUCCAGGGCUGCUCAGAGUACUGCUGGAAUGGACUAAAAGGACCGUGUGGGAACAGGUGCUCCCCGUACCUUGCUGCUGGCUGCUGGCAGUCCCACCUAGGACGGGGCGCCGAGCCCACCUGAGCCCUGCAG